GAUUAACAUAAAAGGGGUGCUUUUUGUUAUUUGUUAUACGCUGUCCGAUUUGUUAAACUCCUCGCCUUUUUAUGUUGCUUUUUGUCUGCUGGCCGAUGUUCAAUAAAGUUUUAUGGAACGUAGGCGGAACCUCUGAUAGAUGGCGCGUUUCAGUCGGACUACAAUCGACAACGCACUGAUAUCUGACGGUAUCAAGUAGAAGUGUCUCCUUGGCUAAUAACACGAGCGUGUCAGGAAAUCUUCAUACUGCAGCAUUUCAGUCGUGUAGCUGUGUGUUAGCAUGGAGGCUAGCGGGGAUGUUAGCAUUACUUCAGAGGAACAACGUCGUCUGAGUCCAGAGGAAGAGCUAGAGCUGGAGUUAGCUAAGAUGACAGUGACAGAGCUGCUGCAGAACGUUCAAGCUGUGCAGACAGAAAACAUGACACGUGACUCGGGCAUCAACACGGAGGCAGACUGGGAGAGCCAGGUGGUGGCGAUGUAUGAAUAUAGCACCACCCUGUCAGAGCAAUAUGAUGGUCUAAUGAGAAAGCAGAGUGAGGAGGAGACGGUGCAAGAGAAACACAAACAACUACUGCAGAAGAAGAAGGAGGAGGCCACCCGCCAGCACCAGGCUCUUUUGGACAAACUGGAGUCUCUGCAAGUCAAACUGCAGCUGAACAAUUCCAAGGCAGCAAGGAAGAAUUUCUUAAUGAAAAAACAAGAGAUGACCUCGGAGAAGAACCGAGCAGAGGAGGAGAAAAAUAGGCUGACAAAUGAGCUGGUGGAGAGUGAGAGGAAGCUGACGACGCUCACGGAGGAGCAAAGGGAGGAGCAGCGGAGGUGGCAGGAAGAGCUGCUGGAGCUGAGAAAGGAGAUGGAACGUGUGAGGAAAGAAGUGCGAGAGGCCGAGCGGUUAGCCUUACAGGAAGAGACUGUUGCAGUUGAAAAGCAGAGGGACGUCGCCAUGACUCGCAUCGAGGCCUGGAACAGAGAGCUGAGUCAGUACCUGAAUAUGCUGCGGGUGGAGCUUCCUCAGGACUAUCCUCAUGAGAGGCUGAAGUGGGAGAAGAAGGAGGCCGUGGUCCGGAGGAACCAGGCUGAGCUCCAGGGCCGUUUUCAGGAGGUUCUGCUACAGCUCCAGCAGGGUCGAGAGUUAGGAUCUCUCCCCAGGAUCAACUUGCCAUCUCUUCCACAGAUCCCCACGGCUGACCUCAGAUUCAAUCAGAUGAUGCAGUCACUGGUUCAGUUUGGGGCCCCCCUUUCUCCUCCCAACCUAGUGGUGCGGCCCUACCCUCCACCAGGACACCCACAUUACUACCAGGACCAGUACCGACCACCAUACCACCAGCGCUACCCACACCCACGACACCACCCACCUCCGGAACAUUAUUUUCAACCCCCACCACAGCACCAGGAUUCUCAUCAGUUUCCACCUCUGCAGAAGCCUUACCCUCAGUUCCCACCCCCCAUCAGAGCUCCACUUAGGGUGACACCCCCUCCCAGUCUCUCACCGUCUCCUCUUGUUCAACCUAUCCACCCUGUUGUUCCUUCCCCACCUCCCCCCUCUGCCCCCACUGGCAAACUAGACAAGAUCCUGGAGAAGCUUGGGGCUCGUUUCCCACAGUGCAACAGGGCUCAGCUGACUCAGCUGCUCCAGCAGGUGAAAAGCUCCCGCGGCACCUUAGCUGGCAUGUCCUUGGAGGAGGUCAUGGAGCAAAUCAGCCUCAAACUGACACAGAAUGAGAGGCUGACCCCGGGGCCCAUCGGGCGGCCAGUGGUUCCAAUCCAGAGGCCUUUGCCUUCCCCGCAGAGAGCCCAGGCAGCAGCACCAAGUGGAGGUCAGGCUUAUGGGGCCCGUAAACUCUGCCUCAUGUGCCAGAACACUGUGGACCCAGAGAGCCGCCACCCACUGAGCUGCACCCACACCAUCCACAAAGACUGUAUCAGGAUGUGGCUGCAGUCCAGCAAGAACAACUCUUGUCCCUUCUGUCCAUCAAAAUGACAUUAGACAAUAAGCAGGCAUUCUGCUAAUGCUAGCACAGUGACACGUUAAUGAUAGUAGUGAUCAACUUGUUAACGUGCUUAUGUUGGGACUACAACACAUUGAUGUAAAGACUAGGGAUGGGACGUUACGAUAUCACAAACUCAACUAUCUACAUGACAGUCCAUGACUCCAGUACUGUCAUUUUAGACCAUUUAUGAAUUGUGAAGCUGUUAACGACACAUAUGUUAAGUCAUUUCAAAGACAAUUCUCCAACAGUGUAACAAAUUUUGUUCUCCCAAAAAAGAAAAAAAGAAACAGCCCGAAAAUGAUUCAGCUAAAAUGCUUUUGCUGAUUUUUGUUUACAUUUGUCAUUUGUGUCCGAUAUAACCCAGUGAUUUUGACCAGCAUCAGACUGACACAGAUACUGACGAUACAGAUUCCCUGAGUUAUAGAAACAUGUGCUGUCUUAUUAUUAGUUUCCAUCCGCUCUGAAAUAAAGUUUGAUUUAUGCAAUACAAAAAUA